ACUGAAAUUAUUGUAGCAAAAGAAGAAUAAGAACACAUAGAAAUAAAGAAUGAUGAAUGAUAGCCCACAGGAAUGGCCAGAACCUAUAAUCAGGGUUCAGUCCUUGUCUGAAAGCAUCAAAGGUUCAAACUCAAUCCCUGAAAGGUAUAUCAAACCCAUAAGUGAGCGUCCAAAUUCCAAUAAUAAUAUGAUUAGUGAUGAUGAUUGCAUCAACAUACCAAUCAUUGACCUAAAGGAUGUGUAUAGUGAGGACCCAAAAAUAAGAGCCUUAACACUUAACAAGAUUUCAGAGGCUUGUAAAGAGUGGGGGUUCUUCCAAGUGGUGAACCAUGGUGUUAGCCAUGAAUUGAUGGACAUGGCAAGAGAAACAUGGAGGGAGUUCUUCCACAUGCCCAUGGAGGAGAAGCAGAAAUAUGCAAACUCUCCAAAGACAUAUGAAGGUUAUGGAAGCAGAUUAGGGGUGGAGAAGGGUGCAAUUCUUGAUUGGAGUGAUUAUUAUUAUCUUCAUUUUCUUCCAUUCAACUUGAAGGACUUCAAUAAAUGGCCUUCUCACCCUCCUUCUUGCAGGGAAGUGGUAGAUGAAUAUGGAAGAGAGUUGGUGAAUCUAUGUGGGAGGUUGAUGAAGGUGCUAUCAAAAAACCUUGGAUUAGAAGAGGAGUGUCUUCAAAAUGGUUUUGGUGGAGAAGACAUAGGAGCAUGUUUAAGGGUGAAUUUCUAUCCAAAGUGUCCAAGGCCAGAGUUGACUUUGGGUCUCUCAUCACACUCAGACCCAGGUGGCAUCACUCUCUUGCUCCCUGAUCAUAAUAUUCCAGGCCUUCAAGUUCGUAGAGGCCAUUCUUGGAUCACUGUCAAGCCUUCUCCUCAUGCCUUCAUUGUCAAUAUUGGAGACCAAAUUCAGGUUCUAAGCAAUGGUAUUUACAAGAGUGUAGAGCACAGAGUAAUUGUAAAUUCAAAUGAAGAGAGGGUUUCCUUAGCGUUCUUCUACAACCCUAAAAGUGACAUACCCAUUGAACCAGUGAAGGAAUUGGUGACCAAAGAAAGACCUUCACUCUACAAGGCCAUGACCUAUGAAAAAUACAGGCUCUUCAUUAGAUUGAAAGGGCCUUCUGGAAAAUCUCAUCUUGAAUCUUUAAAGUCUCCACCACCAUCAACAAACUAAAGGCAUAAAUAAUUUCUUUAUUAAUCAAUCAUUGUAUGAUCACAUUUUAACUGCCCCUAGCUUCUAUAUAUGGUAAUUGUGUUGUAAUAUAUA